GAAAGUAAGAUGUGUAAACGUUGGAAAAAAUGUCGAAGAUGAAUAAACGCCUUCUACGAGACAGAUUAGCGAAUUGGGAGUCAAGAAACAACCCAUUGACGUCCUUGUCAACAAAACAAAAGGAUUUAUGCAUACAGUUAUCGUCAGUAGUGAAUGAGAGACGAAUUCCGACAGACCUGCCAGAGGAAGAUGGACAUUCUGCAAUACCUCAUCAAUCAAAAGAAAUAAGUCAAGACCCAAGUGUAGGGGAAGAAUUCCAGAAAAAUGCCCCACCCGAAAAGGCCGAGACAGCACAAAUGUUUUUAUCCUGGUACUCUGACUUGGAAAGAGACAUGGAGAAAGAGGAAGAAGCACCAUACAGACACUAUAUAGAAGAGUUACAGGGUUACCAGGACCAAUGUGACGGAGUACUAGGGGAGGUAACCACAGCCCUUACCUAUUUAGAAGGAUUACAGAAGCAGUAUGUCAGUGUAUCCACCAAGACCAAUGCACUCCAUGAGGCUUGUGAGCAUCUACUGGCCGAGCAGACAAGACUGAUGAACACAGCUGAGAAUAUAAGUAAUAAACUCUCAUAUUACAAUGAGUUGGACAGGAUCUCCGGUAAAUUGGCCUCUCCAACAUUGAUGGUGACAAAUGAAUCCUUUGUCCCAAUGCUGUCCAGACUAGAUGAAUGCAUUCUUUACCUAAAGAAUAGUCCAAAUUAUAAGGAGUCACAGACCUACCUGGCGAGAUUAAACCAGUGUUUGUCUCGAGCCCUGAAUCUCAUGAAGUCACAUGUCAUCAACAUUCUGCAAUCUGCGACCCGGCAGGUGCAGGAGAAAAAGGAUACCACCCAGCUUGGUGACAAUGCAUUUACUUUGUUUUAUGGAAAAUUUCGAGCUAAUGCACCUCGAGUGAAGGCUCUUGUAGAACAGUUAGAAAUUCGAUUGGAUAAAAGUCCUGAAUAUAACCAGGCUCUAGUGGACUGCCAGCAAUGUUACUUCACCCAACGAGAACAGCUGUUAGGACCCAGUAUUAGUUCUACUAUCAAUGAUCUCGCCACAAAACACGCUCGGGAUCACUGUGCUCUGAUGAGAAGUGGUUGUGCCUUUAUGGUCCAUGUUUGUGAGGAUGAGUACCAGCUGUAUUAUAAUUUCUUUACCAGGCACUCUCCUCUCCUAGACGAGAUGUUGGAACGACUAUGCAACAACCUCUAUGAUGUCUUUCGACCACUCAUCAUUCAUGUCAACCAUCUAGAAACCUUAGCAGAACUGUGUUCCAUUAUGAAAGUUGAAAUGUUGGAAGAGCAUGCACAAGCCUAUGCUCAAGAGUUGUCCUCCUUUGGUAAUGUCUGCCGACAGAUGUUGAUGGACAUGCAGGAGCGUCUAGUUUACAGAACUUAUAUUUACAUUCGAUCCGACAUCCUGCAGUAUUCUGCUGCACAAGGGGACCUGGCUUAUCCUGAAAAGCUGGAGAUGAUGCAGAGUAUUGCUGAGAGCAUAAAAGCAGGGGAAACCAAGGGACACACUAGGACCCCCUCCUCUUCCUCAUUAAAGGGUCACUCCCGGUCAGCGUCCAAUGCCUCCAGCACCAGUCAGGAGGUGGCCGAGCUUACAGAGGCAGGCAAAAAUCAGGCAGAACCAGCAGGUACUAAAUGUUACUCAUAAAUUCGUACCUGCCAAAUCCGUGACCUUCGGAAUGUGAAAAAUCCAACAGUGAGAAGGACACUGGUCACUCUAUCCAAACUGUACAGGUGUAUUGAUAAAACCACAUUUCAAGGACUUUCUCAGGAAGCCCUGCAGUCCUGCAUCCAGUCUCUAAAAAUAGCAAAGGAAGGAAUUACCAAGAGGAAGACACUGAUGGAUGGACAGCUAUUUCUGAUAAAACACCUUUUGAUCCUUCGAGAACAGAUUGCUCCUUUCCAAACUGAUUUCUCUAUUAGAGAAACAUCAUUGGACUUUAGCAAAUUGAAAGACUUUGGCAAAAUGAAAGAUGCAGCAAAAGGCUUGAUUCAGAACAGUUCAAAGAUGUUCACGUUUAACAGUAACAACUCCCUGCUUCACUUUAUCUUAGAGGGCACGCCUCAUGUAAUGGAGCAUUUUGUGGAUUCCAAGAAAGAUGUGGAUUAUGAACUGAAAAUUACCUGUGAAGAAUUUAUACAUCAUAUGUCAGACACCUUUACAGAACCUCUCAAAACUUUCCUAUCAAGGGCAUCUGUUGUUAUAAACAUGAAACAGGAGGAAGGAAUCAAAAGCGUAACUCUGCGGCAACAGCCAUUUGCGACACCAGAAAAAUUACAUGAUGUCGUAUCAGAGACGUACAAAAACAUCAAGUCUCGUCUGCCCACCAUACAUAAAAGCAUGCAGCUCUAUCUUGCAAACAAAGAUACAGAAACCAUUCUUUUUAAACCAAUAAAGGUGAACAUUCAGGCGGCAUUCCAGCAAUUGUCCCAGAUUUUGUCAGAAAAUUACACUGAAGAAGAUAAACAGAUUGUGGCCAAUCCUAGCCCAGAACAGAUAAACUUGCUGAUAUCAACUUCCAUGCGAUAGUUCUUCGAAUCAGCAACACAGUUUGGGGAAUUCAUAUUACCUGAUAGUGGUUUCAUUUGUUGAAUAUGAUAUUGGUGAUAAUAAUUUAAUUACAGAAUAUUUAUGUAUGAAAAGAAUAUUUAUGUGUAUAGAAAUGAUAAGAACAAUUUUACUUGUAAUUAUAUACAUUGUAAUUAUAUUCUUUGUUACAGAUUAAAUUAUUAAAUGUUCAUAGAAUACUGAAAUAAAGAUGUUCAUGAACUUAA